CCGUGCAGGGAGGGAGGCGGGACGAGAAGAUCCGCUGCUCCGGCCGAGCCGCCCGCAGAGCCGGCAUCUCCGCACUGGGAGGGGCCGGCCGGGCGCGGCCAAGCCGAGGAAGAGGAAGUCGGAGGCGGCGGCUGCGGGGCGCUCGGGCCGCCCGAGCCGGCGCGGCGUAGCGCAGCGCAGCCCGCACCGUCCCCGCCGAGCGGCCCGCGCGGCCCAGCGCCGGGAGCCGCCCCUCUCCGGUGGAGACUGGUAUCAGCAACUUGCAGAUGAAAAUAUUGGAAAGUUGAAACACAAAAAUGGGCACCAAUUGGCUCUCAGAGGCCCGUCAGCUGUAGCUGAAAUUCCAGAUCCCAAGACGACAGCCCAGCACACCUGUUCCCCAGGACCCAGAACCAUGGAGCUCUCCGACAGUGACCGACCCGUCAGCUUCGGUUCCACCUCCUCCUCGGCUUCUUCUCGGGACAGCCAUGGUUCCUUUGGUAGCAGAAUGACCUUGGUUUCCAGUAGCCACUUGGGCCUAUUUCACCAAGAUAAGGAAGCAGGGGCCAUCAAACUGGAAUUGAUGCCAGCAAGGCCAUUUUCCAGCAGUGAGCUGCCAAGGGAUAGCCCUGCUGGGCAACAGAACAUGGAUGAGGACAGCACAAGGCAGCCCAGCGCCCAAUGGAGUGGGGACACAAGUGGAGUGCCUGAAGCCCCUGCGGACUCUGCCACCAGCCCCAAGCUCCUCUAUGUGGAUAGAGUGGUCCAGGAGAUUCUAGAGACUGAAAGGACCUACGUGCAGGAUUUAAAAAGCAUCGUGGAGGACUACCUUGCCUGCAUCAGGGACCAGACCAGACUUCCCCUGGGGACUGAAGAAAGAGCCUCCCUCUUUGGAAAUAUCCAGGAUAUCUACCAUUUUAAUAGUGAACUUCUGCAAGACUUGGAAAACUGUGAAAAUGAUCCUGUGGCCAUAGCAGAAUGUUUUGUGUCCAAGAGUGAAGAGUUCCACAUUUACACCCAGUAUUGCACUAACUACCCCAGAUCCGUGGCAGUGCUAACUGAGUGUAUGAGAAACAAGAUUUUGGCUAAGUUCUUCCGGGAGCGUCAAGAAGCCCUGAGACAUUCCCUGCCUCUGGGGUCCUAUCUCCUGAAGCCAGUGCAGCGGAUUCUCAAGUAUCACCUUCUUUUGCACGAAAUAGAAAAUCACCUUGACAAGGACACGGAGGGCUACGAUGUGGUGCUGGACGCCAUAGACACAAUGCAGCGCGUGGCCUGGCACAUCAAUGACAUGAAGCGGAAACAUGAGCACGCAGUCCGGUUACAGGAAAUCCAGAGUCUGCUCACCAACUGGAAGGGGCCGGACCUGACAAGCUACGGGGAGCUGGUGCUAGAGGGCACCUUCCGCCUGCAGCGGGCCAAGAACGAGCGGACGCUCUUCCUCCUGGACAAGCUGCUGCUCAUUACCAAGAAGAGGGACGACACGUUCACCUACAAGGCGCACAUCCUGUGCGGCAACCUCAUGCUGGUCGAGGUGAUCCCAAAGGAGCCGCUCAGCUUCAGCGUCUUCCACUACAAGAACCCCAAGCUGCAGCACACAGUCCAGGCGAAAUCCCAGCAGGACAAGCGCCUCUGGGUUCUGCACCUGAAGUGGCUGAUCCUGGAGAACCACUCGGCCAAGAUCCCAGCCAAGGCCAAGCAAGCAAUCUUGGAAAUGGACGCCAUCCACCACCCUGGCUUCUGCUACAGCCCCAACGGAGAGACCCGAACAUCCUGUGCUGCCAAGGACGGUGCUGCCCCCUAUCGGCUGAGAAGGAAAUCAGAACCGUCUUCAAGAUCACAUAAAGUUUUGAAAACCAGUGAAACGGCACAAGAUAUGCAAAAGGUGUCCCGGGAGGAAGGCUCUCCCCACCUCUUGUCAGCAGGGCCGUCACCUGCCCAGAGGAGCAGUUCCGCCAUUCUGAGUGUGCUGCACGGGGCUGGUGCCAUCAGAAACAUCUGGACCGACCACCAGAUUCGGCAAGCCCUGUUUCCCAGCCGGCGUUCCCCGCAGGAGAAUGAAGAGGAUGAUGACGAUUACCAGAUGUUCCUGCCGUCCUUCUCCUCCUCCUCGGAUCUGAACUCGACGAGACUGUGUGAAGAGAGCACGUCAAGUCGCCCUUGCAGCUGGCACAUGGGACAGAUUGAGUCCACAGAGACCUCCAGCACCGGUCACAGGGUUGUGCGGAGGGCCAGCAGUGCAGGGGAGAGCAACACCUGCUCUUCCGAGAUGAGAUCUAGGGACAGCGACGGCUGUCAGUACAGCUCAAGAAGGGAACUGCGGAAUGGCCCCAACACAGAAGGGCGGGAAGGGGUGAUGCCCUUUGGGUUAUCGGUGGAGUUGACUGCGGAUGAUAUAGACCAUGUCUAUGACAACAUAAGUUAUGAGGACUUAAAGCUCAUGGUUGCUAAACGGGAAGAGGCUACAGACACACCCCCUAAGCCUGGUAGGGACUCUGUUCGCCCCAAAAGCACCCCAGAGUUAGCCUUCUCCAAGAGGCAAGCUGGCCACAAUAAGAACUCUUUGAUCACAAAAGCAGAGGGGACUCUCCCGGAUAGAGAGGCACUGAACCAAAGCACACAUGACCUGCAGGUGGUAGAGGAAAACAUCUAUGACACCAUAGGGCUGCCAGAACCCACGUCCCUUGACUUCAAAUGCAGCAGCCUCAAGCGCCCCAAAAGGAGCACAUUUCUGGGGCUGGAGGCUGACUUCGUAUGCUGUGAGAGCCUCAGGCCAUUUGUGUCUCAGGACAGCCUGCAGCUGAGCGAGGAUGAUGUACCGUGCCCGCAGGGCCCCGCGGAGAGCGACUACCUGAAUUUGCUCUAUAACAUAUCGAGCUGUAAUUCGUCCACAGCAGACAAGACAGUGUCUGACAAGCUGUCCGAAGAGGUAGAUGAGAUCUGGAAUGACCUAGAAAACUACAUCAAGAAAAAUGAAGACAAGGCCAGAGACAGGCUUCUGGCAGCAUUUCCUGUGAGUACAGAGGACGUGCAGGAUCGGCUGCACAUUCAGAGCACCCCGGAGCCCAGCCGCCACACCAUGCGCUCCACGUCCAUGCUGUCACUUCCCGAUAGCCAGCACAGGGCACCCCGGGCCAGUCAAACCCACUACCUGUUCGAAGAGGACCUCGUUUCCAAAGAAGACUCCUUUCUGAGUCUGAACCGACUGUCUCUGGCCGGCGACACACCUCCCGUGGACAACCCCUAUGACUUGGCCAUCUGCAGUCUGUCCCAAACAGACCCCGAAAACCCAGAGCCUGGCCUGGAUGCCCCGGAUAAGACCAAAAGCAGGGUUUUUAUGAUGGCGAGGCAAUACAGUCAGAAGAUCAAGAAAGCAAAUCAGCUUUUAAGAGUGAGGAGCCCAGAGCUGGAGCAGCCGCUAGCCAGUCAGCAUCUGAAAUCCACUCCCAGGGAUCUGGCUGCCAUCUUGGAGGAGAAAAAGCAAGGCGGACCUGCCAUUGGUGCCAGGAUUGCUGAGUAUUCUCAACUGUAUGACCAGAUUGUAUUCAGAGAGACUCCUCUGAAAGUUCAGAAGGAUGGCUGGGUCAACCCCCAAGAAUCCUCCAUCCUCAGGGCUGCAUCACCUGCCCCGAGCCAGCACAGUGGUGAUGACUGGCUUUGGAAUUCAACUUACAGCAAUGGAUUAUUAGCGGAUUUCUGUCCCCGGCCGGAGCAAGACUUGAGGUCCAACUAUCCCACUUUGGAAAUCAGUACCAAAAGUCCUCCCAGACAGUUGUCGGCAGCCUGCUCUGUGCCUUCCCUACAGACCUCUGACACUCCCCUGGGCACCAUACAGAGAAGCAGCGUGAUAGUGAACCAGCCCAACAAAGAGAACUCAUGUCAUAGCCACCUUUACAACUCACUGGGCAGGAAGGGAAUCAGUGCUAAAUCUCAGCCUUAUAACAGGUCGCAGUCAUCGUCCUCAAUUUUAAUCAACAAGUCAGUGGACUCCAUCAACUACCCUAGUGAGACAGGAAGGAAACAGCUGCUGUCCUUACACAAGAGUUCAAGGAGUGAAAGCCACCAGGAUUUGUUGCCAGGUGUCAUGGACUCAUGCCAGCAGGGCACUGGAAAACACUCUGAUCUUACACUCCAGGACUCACAGAAAGUUCUGGUAGUCAAUAGAAAUGUACCCCUCAAUGCCCAAAGAGCAACACAGAACUACUUUUCCAAUUUCAAAGACACUGAAGGAGAUGAAGAUGACUAUGUGGAAAUCAAGUCAGAAGAGGAUGAGUCGGAAUUGGAGCUAUUUCACAAUCGUAACAGGAAAUCUGACUCAAAGAUGACGGAUACGAACCUUCCUGAUACUGUUGUCAGCAACAACACAUCUUACUCUUUAAGUAGUCCAUGCACUCCAAAAAGGCCAAUGAACAACAAACUUGAGGGUUCACCCUAUCUGACAUCAUAUAAUGAUUCUGACAAACUGAAUGACUAUCUGUGGAGAGGGCCUCCCCCCAAUCAACAAAAUAUUGUCCAGUCUUUAAGGGAAAAGUUUCAGUGUCUUAGUUCCAGCAGCUUUGCCUAAAGUUCUUAGUGACUGCUGCCUGAAAUGGCUUCUUGUCAUGUUCAUAAGCCCUGGAUAGCAAUGAGGUGUUUUAUACUUACAAGGUUAAGACAAUUUUGUAAUAAUCACAGAUGUAAAAACUACUUCCUUUUACAGCACAACUUUUGGAACUGGGCUGACAACGCAGCCAGGAUUGUACUGUAGCCAAUGUCAGCUUCUAGCACAUUAUUCUCUGAUGUUAACUGUCUCCAUAUUUCAUGUAAGUCAGUCUUACUUGAAAGUUUUUAGGUUUUUUUAACAUGACAACCAUGAUGUUGUUUUCCAUUUCCUGACAAUGCCCAAACUUUUAAGAAGUGCAAUACUCUUAUCACGUGAUCCUGAGGUCCUCCAUAGUUUUAUCCUAGGAUCAAAGGGAUGGCAGCCAGGAGACUGUUUCCACAGAUUUAAAAGGAAAGUUAGUUAAAGGGAUUUAAACAAUGAUGGUUGUAUCUGACAUUUGUGUAACAUUUGCGGCUAAACCAUAGACUAACGUAAGCCAAAGAUCUCUAACUACAGUAUAGUCUAUGGUGCCCACCUGGAAGUUUUGACACUGAUAUUCUUUGUAUCAUUUCAUUUUGAUGCACAAAGUGCUUGCCUGUUGAAAGUUAAGACAUAGUAGGAUCAGUCUGGUGUAAAAUCCCUUUUCUCUGAUCCUGGACAAGGCCUAGAAAAUGAGCUGCUUGUCAUGUUAACUGUGUGAUUUCUGGGGUAGUAUCAAUAAUUGACUUAACCAAAUUCAGCAAAAUGCAAAUUCACUCAAUUACUUAUAAAAAAGGAGGGGGGGUGUGCUGGGAACAAAUUUACUAUCCCUUCAUUUGAUAGUUUAUGGAGGAAAAAGCCCACCUGGAAGCUCUCUGUGAUCCAAAGCUACACCAUCAACUGAAAU